AUCAGAUGCGAAGUGUUAGUGUGCCGUUCCUCCCGCGCUGCAGGGGGCGCUGCGGAGCGCUGCUGUGUGUUUGACAGCGGAAGCGCUCUGCUGAUGCUGCUGUUGUUGUUUGUUGAUGUGGCUCAUUGCGGAUGCGAAUCAUGGAGUAAAGUUCUCCUGAUUAAAACCAUCAGAGAUCGUUAAAUUCACGGGCAGACCAUGUUUAAGGGCUGGAGCUCAUGGAUGGGCGCAGAGUCCGAGGAUGAAGAGAAAACGGACAAACAGGAGAAAAACAUCAACACAGAGACCGAAGAAACACAGCAGGCCACAGGACUCAGCGGCUUCAUUCUGAACUUUGCAAGUAGUGCCAGUAAGAAGAUCUCGGAGUCUGUGGCGGAGACGGCUCAAACUAUCAAGAAAACGGUGGAGGAGAGCAACAUCGACGGCAUCAUCGACAAGACCAUUUUGGGAGAUUUUCAGAAGGAGCAAGAAAAAUUUGUCCAGGAGAAAAAUGCAAGGAAAACAGACGCCGCGGUGCCGCCCUGGGUCGGAUACAACGAGGAGGAAACCAUUCAGCAGCAGAUACUCGCUUUAUCCGCUGACAAGAGGAACUUCCUGCGCGACCCUCCGGCCGGAGUGCAGUUCCAGUUCGACUUUGAGCAGAUGUACGCCGUGGCUCUGGUGAUGCUGCAGGAAGACGAGCUGCUCAACAGGAUGCGCUUUGACCUCGUCCCCAAACAGGUGAAGGAGGACGUGUUCUGGAGGAAUUAUUUCUACCGCGUGUCUCUGAUCAAGCAGUCGGCUCAGCUCACGGCUCUCGCGGCUCAACAACAGGCGGCCGAAAAGAGAGAAGAGGAGAAGAACGCAGCGCCGCCGCUGAACGAGAACAUCUCAGAGACCAUCAGACCGAAAACACCGCCUGUGGCCAUCAGCGCUAAAGCCAAGAGCAACGAGCAGGAGGAGGAGGACAUCUCCACCAGCCCCGGCGUGUCGGAGUUUGUGAGCGACGCGUUCGACACCUGCGACAUAAAUCAGGAGGAUCUGAGAAAAGAGAUGGAGCAGCUGGUGCUGGAUAAGAAAGAUGAAGAGACGGCCGACUGGGAGAAGGAGCUGCAGCAGGAGCUUCAGGAGUACGAGGUGGUCGUCGACCCAGAAAAUCGCGACGAUAACUGGGACCGUGAGAUUGAGGAGAUGCUGCAGGAUAACAGCUAAAGCGUGACAGCGCCUCCUCUGGUGUGGAGGACACACUGCUGCGCUCAAAUGAAGAAAUCAGCAGGACGUUUCUACUAUUUCCUCAAUCUGACUGGACUGAAAUAUCAGGAUUUCCUAUAAGAAUGUUUAAUAAAUGUGAUGU